GCCGGCGCGCUGGCUGGGUGUCGUGGCUUGGCGGGGAGCCGCACGUCGUCGUGCUGCGUCUCACCGCUGUGUAUACAACCCGGUUGAGGCCGUGGGCCUUGCGUGCGCCGGUGCGUGUUCGUGCGCGUGUGUCAGUGCGUGUGUGUGUGUGUGUGUGUGUGUGUCCGCGCGUUCGAGGCGCGGCAACCUAGUCAGUCUUCCGUUGAAACAAAAACUGACAGCAAAGUCGGCGUGGAUUUGCGAGACGACCCCCAGCAGGCCUGUCAUAGCCAGCAUGGGCAGGAUAUGGGACUGAUACUCCAGUGACAGACCGUGUGGCGGAGGGCUGGUGAGUUCAGUUUCUGACUCAUGGAUGAUGACGUCUGUCAUUGUCCCUCCUGUCUUCAAGAUGGCUUCUGUCAUUGUCGCUCCCGAGGUCCAGACGGCUUCUGUCAUUGUCGCUUCCGAUGUCAAGAUGGCUUCUGUCAUUGUCGCUCCCGACGUCAAGAUGGCUUCUGUCAGUGUCGCUCCUGACGUCGAGAUGGCUUCUGUCAUUGUCGCUCCUGCCGUCAAGAUGGAAACAACGAAUGAAACAGCGGAGGACACGAGUGAAGUUGGGGCUACCGUGGAGCCGCCAGUGGUCAAUGAGCAACCGGACAGGAAGAGGCGUCGGAAGCAACCUCACCCACUUCCUGUUAUCGACUUGAAAAGAGUCGUCCCAUCCAUUCUCAAGACGCCAAUACGAUCUCGGCUGGAACAGGCUCGAUCUUCACGACUGGAGAAGGAAGCAACUGCUCGGACGGGACCAACCACACAAAGCACAAGAAGUUCAGAAAGGGUCAGAGUUCGCAACGCGGAGGAAGCGGCCAUUGCGACGGAGGAUCAAUGCCCGAGAAUUGGUAAUCGCCGUAAAAGAAUCAGGGUUUACACGGCGGAGCAACGCGCCAGGAAAAAGGCACGCGCUCGAGAGACCAGAGCAGCUAUGACGGCGGAGCAACGCGCCAGGAAAUAUGAACGCGAUCAAGCGCGCAGAGUAGCACUGAGAAAAGCUCGCCUGCGGCUCGCUGGAAAAGACGGGACUUCGGAAGCACCUGUGACGCCGGAGGAGAUGAAACGCGCGAAGAGAAAUGAACGCGACCGAGCACGCAGAGCAGCACGAAGGCAAUCUCAGUUGGGGCUCCCUCCAUCUCAGCCACGACUGGAGGUGGAAGGUACCACUUCAGAAAGGGGUGGGUCCAUCAGCUCGCCAACAGAGAAUGCACCUGGAAAGCAGUCUCGAUUGGGGCUCCCUCCAUCGCGGCCACGACUGGAGAAGGAAGAUAAGACAUCGGAAUGGAAUGCGCCUAUUAGCUCACCAACUGAGCAUGCACCUGCACUGAAACAGUCUCAGUUAGGGCUCCCUCCAACGUGGCCCCGACAGGAGAAGGAAGGGACGACUUCGAAAAGGGAUGGGGCCAUUAGCUCAGCAGCAGAGGAUGCAACGAUAACUUCCCGGGCUGAACCAGCCUCACAAGGAACAAGAAGUUCCGAACGAGUCAGAGUUCACAAAGCAGAAGAAGAAGCUUUGCCAGAGGAGCGAUCUGCAAGGAAGGAAUUUGACGGAGCACGCUUAAUAGCUGUUCGUUUACCAGAGGAACAACCCGUGUCAAAAGCCGGUCACCAGAAAGAAAGCAUGUUGGCUGUCCGUUUGUCAGAGCUUCGACGCGCAUUGGAAGUCGAGCGCGAGAGGAAGCGAAAAUCAGGAGAACAACGUAUGUCGGACACCGACCUGGACAAAACACGCUUGUUAGUUGUUCGUCUGUCUGAGGAACACUGUCAGUCUGAAGCCAACCAAGAGAAAGAACGCGUAUUAGCCGUUCGUCUGUCGGAGGUCCAACGUGUGUUGGAAGACCACUGUGGCGCAGAUAGCAUUUUAGGUGUUCGAUUGUUAGAGGUUAGAGAACGGGGUGGGUCUACCAGCUCACCAACAGAGAAUGCACCUGCAGGAAAGCAGUCCCAGUUGGGGCUAUCGCGGCCACGACUGGAGAAGGAAGGUACGACUUCGGAAAGGGAUGAGGCCAUUAGCUCAGCAGCAGGGUAUGCACCUGCACUGAAACAGUCUCAGUUGGGGCUCCCUCCACGGCGGCCACGACAGGAGAAGGAAGGUGCGACUUCGGAAAAGGAUGGGGCCAUUAGCUCAGCAGCAGAGGAUACACCUCGUGAGUACAUUGUAGCUUCCCGGGCUGAACCAGCCUCUCAAGGAACAAGAAGUUCAGAUCGGGUCAGAGUUCGGAAAGCAGAAGAAGAAGCAGCCAUGGCAACAGAGGCAGAGGAGCAACGCACAGGAAUAAAUGGUCAGGUACAAGAAAGUAGAGCUUUGCCAGAGGAGCGACCUGCGAGGGAGGAAUUUGACGGAGCACGCUUAAUAGCUGUUCGUUUACCAGAGGAUCAACCCGUGUCAAAAGCCGGUCACCAGAAAGAAAGCAUGUUGGCUGUCCGUUUGUCAGAGCUUCGACGCGCAUGGGAAGUCGAGCGCGAGAGGAAGCAAAAAUCAGGAGAACAACACGUGUCGGACCUGGACAAAACACGCUUGUUAGUUGUUCGCCUGUCUGAGGAACACUGCCAGUCUGAAGCCAACCAAGAGAAGGAACGCGUUUUAGCCGUUCGUCUGUCGGAGGUCCAACGUGUGUUGGAAGACCACUGUGGCGCAGAUAGCAUUUUAGGUGUUCGAUUGUUAGAGGUGCAACGCGUCUCGGAAUCUGACCGUGAAAAAGAAUCCCAAUCAGCAGCCACUACAGCAGAGGUUGCAGGCACUAUAUCAAAUGAUGGCGCAGUACGCAAGGCAGCUACUGCAGCAGAGGAUGCAGGCACGAAAACAAAUAAUGGCGUGAAAGUUCGCAGGGGCAAACCUUCACGAGGCACGAUAACAAGUGAUGGCGUUAAAGUUCGCAAGGUCAAACCUUUGACGGAGGAGCAACUCUUGAAGAAAAGGGAGCGUGACCGCGAAGCCUGGAGGAGAAGAUACCACGACCGUUCAAUUAAACCAGUUUUCACGGAGGAGCAACGCGCGAGGAGAAAUGAACGCGACCGACAGCGCAGAGCACGCAAAGCAGCACUGAAACGGGCUCAGUUGGGGCUCCCUCCACGGCGGCCACGACAGAAGAAGGAAGGUACGACUUCGGAAAAGGAUGGGGCCAUUAGCUCAGCAGCAGACGAUGCACCACUAGCUUCCCGGCUGAAAGCAUUCUCAAGAAGCAAGAGAUGUUCAGACCGGGCCAGAGUUCGCGAAGCGGAAGAAGAAGGUAAGCAUCAAGCCAAUGCAACAGAGGAUGAAUGCCCGGGAGUAAAUGAUGGCGCACAAGAAAGCAGCGCUUUGACGGAGGAGAAACGCGCGAACGCCAAACUCUACUUCUUUUGGCCGCCGCCUCAGCCUACAUCGGCCAAAGGGCAGAGUCCGAAGAAAGCUCUUCGGGGGGAAAAGCGUCGCUUGACUGAAAAGAACUCCCAAGGGAAAGGCCUACCAAAGAAAAUAAAAUGGCCAGGCGAACCUAUGACGGACGAGGAAUUCGAGCUCAAACUCAAACUCAUCAAAGAACGAUACGCAGCGAAAGAACUUGAAAUGGAGAAAUCUUACAAAGAAAAAGAAGCCGCUGGCGUGCCUUUGACGGCCGAGGAGUACGUGCUCAAAGUCAAACUUACCAAAGAACGCAACGCAGCCCAACAACUUGAAAUCGCGAGAGCAUUCAGAGCCAAGGAAGAAGCUGUAUGUGUUUCAGGAGAGCCUUGUGGCUCGAGUGAGGAACAGCCUGGAGGAAGUCAGGAAGGCGACAAAGAAGGGGAAGAUGCACCGAUGGCGGACGCGCAACUCGCUGCGAAUGCAGAACAAGACGAUUGCGAACUGGAAAGGCAAAGAGAAAGGACACUCCUCGUAGCGGCGGAGGUUCGACGCGCGAGGAACGCGGCGAGGAGAGUUGCCUACAAAAAGCGUCAGUUGACUGAAGAGCAGCUCGAAAGAAAAAGGCAUCGCGACAGAGAGCGCAUCAAACGUAUCAACCGUCUUUUGACUAAAGAGCAGCGCGCGCUGAAGGCCGAACGGGAAAGGGCACGCCGGGCAGUUAUGCCAGAGGAACGUCGCGCGAGGAGAAAUGAACGCGAAAGGAUUCGCAGAGCAGCCAAAGCCAAGAUGUACGAGGAACGCGGGAUAAAAGCUGAGCGUUUCCUGACUGAAGAGCAGCGCGCCAGGAAAUCUGAACGCGACAAGGCGCGCCGGAGAGGCAGGUCUAUGACUGAUGAAGAGCGCGCAAGGAAAAUUGAACGGACAAGGAAACGCAGGGCAGCUUUGACUGGAGGGCCGCCGAUUGUAAGAUUUAUACGCGCCAAAACUGUCCCAUUGACUGAGGAGCAACGCGCCAGAAGACAGGAACUACAACGAGCAAGACUGGAGACAAGACGCCUGGAAGACAAGUCUGCGACGACACGGCAACGCGUCACAGCAGAACUCAACAAGGAAGACCCGACCGAGGGUGGUAAAACCAGGGGUAAACCAGUGCCUCCUGAAUUGGCGGAGGCGCGACGCCUCAGAAAGCUGCAACUCAAGAGAGAGACCAGGCCAUCGCGAGCAGUGUCUUUACUGACGGAGGAGCAGCGUCAAAGUAUCAUCGAAGCCAAACUAGCAUUCCGAGCACAGCUACUAGCCCCACUCACGGAGGAAGAGCGGGAAAGAAGGAGCAAACAUGUAGAGGAAUUCCUGGCAAGACAAGCGGAAAAGCAAUCUUCCAAGGAGACAGGACAUGAAAGCAAUGCUGAGACAGAAUCUGAUUCAGAGGACGACGCAGAGCUGAAGAAAAACCCCAAAAAGGGCAGCACCCCGACAGAGAGUCAACCCUUCAAGGGGCAGAUGUUCCUGUUUCAGGAGCUAACAGAGGAUUGCGUUGAGCUUGAGAACUCGAAAGAGGAGGGGACUGGCAUAUUUUGCCACUGGAAUGCGUUUCGUUACGCUGACCAGGCGACGUCGUCCACGGCUGCGGCGCGGCGGUUGCUGGACGGAGUGUUCACCACGGAGGCGCUGGCCGUGUGCAGCGUCGCUCAGUUCAGCCUCAGACCAUGUCUGGACCCGAAAGGAUCCAAUGCCAUUAUAGAACAAGCCCUACUCUGGCAACGAAGAAAGAACCUGUCGCCGGAGAAGAACGAGAAGUUGAUACGAUUUUCUAUGGUUUACCGGCUCAGCGAAUACAGAGUAUUGGAUCCGGAGGAUGCAGAAAAGAGAGGGAAGUCAAAAGAUAGAAGGAAAAGGGAUGCCAGUGCCAACUCUGACUCCGAGGACGCUGACGGGGCGCCGAAGCAGAGGCCGAGGAGGAAAUAUAAGUCGGCCAAGAUCAAGGGAAGUACUUUUGGCCAUAUCCCGACAGAGGGCUCAAGCUACGAGGGACAGAUGUACCAGUGCGAGGAGCUGACAGAGGAUUGCGUUGAGCUCCAGGACUCGAAAGGAGAGGGGACUGGGGUAUUUUGCAACGGAGUCGAGUACAAAAUCGCUGAGACGAGGACAUCGGCAACGGCGGUGGCGCGACGGUUGAUGGACGGAGUGUUCACCUCGGAAGCCAUGGCAACGUGCAGCUUGACCGGGAUCAAGGCACGCGGCAGAGCGAAAGUGAGAAUAGAUAGACCAACUCUCGACCCGAAAGGAACCAAAGCCAUAAUAGAACAAGCCUUGCUCUGGCAAGAAACGAAGAACUGGUCGCAAAAGCAGACCCCAAUAAUGAUUCGUACUGCCAUGAGUUGCCGGGUCAGCGAAAUCAAGGCCAUGAAACGUGCAGAGAAGCCAGAAAAUAAAGGAGAGGUGGCAGAGACGGACGAGUCAGUGAAGACGAAGGAAAGAGAAAGGACAGAAGAGAGACGCGAGAUGGAAGAGACAGUGAAAACAAAGGAGGGAGAGAAGACAGAAGAGAGAGAGGAGAUGAAAGAGACAGUGAAAACAAAGGAGGGAGAGAAGACAGAAGAGAGAGGAAAGAUGGAAGAGACUGUGAAAACAAAGGAGGGAGAGAAGACAAAAGAGAGAGAGAAGACACAAGAUACAGUAACAAUGGAGACGAGGAGGAGUAGACGGAAUAAACAGUGAACACUCUAAAAUGUCAUGGACACUAAAUCGCCUUGUGAUGACAAAAAGAAGCCUAAGACGUAGACCGAUCCCAAUUUUAAGUCACUUCUGUAUGCUGUGCAGCUACGUACCCGUUCGUGUUACAAAGAAAGAUUGUUUGUGUUGAAGUCUGAUAAUUUGUUUUCAAACAUGUUCGUUUAUAAGAGUAUUAUAAGAGUAUUUGUUGUAGGAGUUUUAAAUAAGUAGUAUUGUGUAAGAGUAAGAGUGUAAGAGUCAGAGUACUGAAUUAUAUACAAAUCAUAAAACA